AGCCUGGCCCCGCCAAGACCUGCUGCCCCAUUUUGCCCGUCUUCGCUUUUAGUCCUGACCUCACAUCCUCUUCCCCAUAUCCUAGGUGGCCAUUGGGGUGAUCUUCCCAGAAACUCCAAAAGCUUCCCAACUUCCAACUCCAUCCAUCACCAAUCUUCGUCCUUGUCUCUCUCCCUUAUCUUUGCACCACUUCAUCUACCCUCUCUCAACACAUCUUCACAUUCCUUCUCUAUGGGAUUUUUAAACACACAGCACCACUGCAGCCUUGUUCAAUCCUCUCAUUUACCCUCCUUUUGUUAGUCGCAAAAGUCCACGCAAUCACCACUAGAGAACGUAACCCGCUAUCAAGUUUUUUUUUUUUUUUUUUUGACAAUUAUCGACCAGCUCGAGCAACUUUCAAGUAUCUCAAGCUUCAAAUCAUUCAACCAGCACUGGCCCUCGCCUCAAUCAUCACCUAAGCAAUCUUAAGCCAUUCUAAACAGCAUUGUUCGCACUCGACGUGCAACUUGGCCAAAUUCACACUUCCCAACGUAGCCCGACAUGGAGCAGCAACAGCCUGCUCCCCAGGCUGGGGGUGUUCCCGGCCCUACUGGCCGUCGCCUUCAUAUCGCCCAUCGCAGGAGUCCUUCUGAGCUUACCCCGCUGAUGAGCAUGUUCGCAACUCCUGGGAUGGAGCAACUUGCUAUUCAGCAGCAGAUCGAACUGUUGCAGCAGCAGCAGCAACAGAUACAAGCCACGCAACAACAAUACAUAAAUAUGGGAAUGAUGCCGCCGGGUCAGCUAGGUCCCGGCGGUUCUUUCAACCCUUUGCAACCACCUAUGUCUAAUAUGUCGCCGCAAACGGCUUUCCAGUUUUCCAACCAGCUUCCACAGCAGCAAAAUGUUCCCAUGGGACCACCGAGUCAACCCAUGUCGCAUCGUCGUAACCAAUCGGCCCUCCCCAAUAUGGGAAUGGGACCCCCUCCGGCUCCUUCGGCUGGAGCUUCUGGGUCCGCUUUUGGGCACUUUGAUAACUCGUCUGGUCAGCAGAAUCGGGAGAACGCACCUCGUGGAGGGCGAGGUGGCGGCUCCGGUCACCAGCGAAGACAUUCUUUAGCCCUCGCUGACGCUAAAAAAGCAGCUGAAAUUGCUCAGCAGAAACGAACCACUUCUGGCUUUCAGUUCCCAGCUGCGGCUCCCCCUGAAGGUUCCCCCGCUGAGGAAACCAAAUCCGUCACUGCGGAUACUCCCAUAGCCCAGGGCUCAUCCACUCGCGGCGGACGCGGCGGGCAUGGACGAAGCCAAAGCAUGGCUGUCAAUAGCCGAGGAGGAGCUCGAGGUGGGGGCUCUCUGCACGUCCCCGCCAACGAAACCGGCGAUUUUGGCCGUCGUGGUAGUGCUGGAGGCGGCCACGCAAGAACUUCAUCUCGCAACUUUGAGGGCAAUUGGCGUAAUCAGCAAGGUCAAAACCAGGGCCAGGAUCAGUCCAACCAGGGCCAACCAGGAUUUCAGCCUAGUCAUCGCUCGCGCGGCUCUAUCAGCCAGCAGUCUGUUUCGAGCAUUGGGGCUUUCCAGUAUCCCGGCCAACCUCAACUUAUGCAAAUGCCCGGUCAGAUGCCAAUGAUGCAGAUGUACCCUGGCCAGCAGCUUAAUCCCAUGCAGAUUAACCAACUCCAGGCGCUUCAAGCCGCACAGAUGAAUGGUCAGCAGUUUGUUGGUCUUCAGGGAAGCCAACAUGCGCCACAACUUGGUGGUCAACAAUCCCAACAACAACAGAGGAAGACCCUCUUCACCCCUUAUCUCCCCCAAGCUACUUUGCCAGCACUGCUUGGUGAUGGACAACUUGUUUCCGGCAUUCUCCGAGUAAACAAGAAAAAUCGUAGUGAUGCCUAUGUCUCUACUUCUGAUGGUCUUUUAGAUGCGGAUAUAUUUAUCUGCGGUAGCAAAGACCGUAACCGAGCUUUGGAAGGCGAUCUUGUUGCCGUUGAGCUCCUCGACGUAGAUGAAGUAUGGUCGCAGAAGAGAGAGAAGGAGGAAAAGAAGAAGAGAAAGGAUAUUACCGACACAAGGUCUGGUUCUACAAACGGUAAUGGACAGUCCAACGCCACCAACGGAGAAGAGGCUGCCAACGGCGAAGGAGGAAUUCGCCGACGUGGCAGUCUCCGACAGAGACCUACACAAAAGAAGAACGACGAUGUAGAAGUAGAAGGACAGAGCCUCCUUCUCGUCGAAGAGGAGGAGAUUAGUGACGAGUCGAAGCCCCUUUAUGCCGGGCACAUUGUAGCUGUUAUUGAACGUGUUGCUGGUCAGAUGUUUUCAGGUACACUCGGCCUACUUCGUCCUAGCAGUCAAGCGACCAAGGAGAAACAGGAGGCCGAACGGGCCGCCAGAGACGGCGGUCGGUCACACGACAAUCGCCAACAGGACAAGCCCAAGAUUGUCUGGUUCAAGCCUACUGAUAAGCGUGUCCCUCUGAUUGCUAUUCCUACCGAACAGGCACCGCGAGACUUCGUAGAGAAGCACCAGGAAUACGCAGACCGUAUCUUUGUUGCUUGCAUCAAGCGUUGGCCCAUCACCUCCCUGCAUCCCUUCGGUACACUCGUUGAGCAGCUCGGGAAAAUGGGUGAUCUCAAAGUUGAAACUGAUGCCCUUCUACGCGAUAACAACUUUUCGUCCGAUGAAUUUUCGGAAGCUGUCCUACGAAGUGUGGGUCUACAAGACUGGUCCAUCGCGAAAGAAGAUGACGCCUCCAUCGCAGCUCGACGGGACUUCCGUGACGAGAAGACAUUCACGCUUGACCUUGCUGGCACCGGAGAACUCGGCAAUGCCGUUCACAUCAAAACUGAGUCGGACGGGAAGAUCGAGAUUGGUAUCCAUGUACCUGAUGUCACUCAUUUCGUUAAGCCUAACUCACUUGUUGAUCGCGAAGCUAAAAAGCGCGGCACUGCUGUUCACCUCGUGAACCGGACCUGCGCCCUCCUUCCUCCUAGGAUCGCCUCAGAGCUUUGCACGCUGACUCCGGGUGAGGAUAGGCUCACCGUCAGUGUUGUCUUCCGUGUUAACCCUCGCAACGGUGUUGUCGAGGAAGGCGAUACUUGGGUUGGCAAGAGUAUUAUCAAGAGUGGUGCUACAUUGGCUCUAAAGGAACUAGAUGAUGCCCUUGCCAAUCAAGCUGGCUUUGCACACAAUGUUAUCCAGGCUAAGGAUGCACAAAUCCUCAACGCCGUUGCGCAGAAAUUCCGCGAAUCGCGCUUGGGAUCCGAGGGAGAGCCCAUGGCCCCUCUUCGAUUACUUCAUCAACUCGAUGAUGAAAACAUACCUAUUCAACACAAUAUCUUCGACUCUACACCGGGUACCGAGCUAGUCGAAGAGCUUUUACACAAGGUUAAUGCGGCUGUUGCUCAGAAGCUUGCCCAAGGCCUACCCGAGAAGGCUUUGCUCCGGCGUCAAACCCCACCCAAUGCCCGACGCUUACAGACGUUUGUUGAACGCAUGCGGGCACUAGGAUACGAUAUCGAUACUACUAGCAGUGGUACCUUACAGAACAGCCUUUUCAAAGUUGAUGACUCUGAUAUUCGCAAGGGUAUGGAAACAUUACUGCUUAAGAGCAUGCAUCAUGCCAAAUACUUCAUCGCUGGCAAGGUCAACAAGCAGCUUUGGCCCCAUUAUGCUCUAAACUUACCUCUUUACACUCAUUUUACAGCACCUACAAGACGUUACGCCGACAUCAUUGUCCAUCGUCAGCUUGAAGCUGUCCUCUCGGAAGGCAAGGUUGAAUAUAAUGAUGAUAUCGAAAACCUGGUGAAGACGAUUGAAUCUUGUAACACCAAGAAGGAAUCGGCCCAGAAUGCUCAAGAGCAAAGCAUCCAUAUCGAGUCCUGCAGAAUUAUGGAUAAGAAACGCCAAGAGGUUAACGGCGACCUUAUCAGUGAAGGCAUUGUCAUCUGUGUUUACGAAUCUGCCUUUGAUGUUCUAAUUCCCGAAUGGGGCUUUGAGAAGCGUGUACACUGUGAUCAGUUACCGCUUAAGAAAGCCGAGUUCAGAAAGGAGAAGAGGAUUCUAGAGCUUUACUGGGAGAAGGGUGUCCCCAGUUCGGCAUACGUACCAGAGGACGAGCGUCCCAAGGCAGGUGCGUCGCAGCGCAUGUCCAAUGCGAUAGCAGCUGCUAGGCAGGCAGAAGAGGCCGAGAGGGCCAAGAAGGAGCGAGAGGAAGCAGCUCGAAAGCAGACCGAGACAGGCACUAUGUCUACAGAUGACGUCGAUGCUUUGUUCGACGAUGACGACGAUAAUGCCUCUGAUAUCACCGAGGCUAUGGCCGGUGCCUCAUUGGCUGAACGUCCGACUCAGAGCGUUCCGGGCUCACCAACUCGGUCCUCGUCGAACCCUGGUGUGCUUCACCGAACUAGGUCCGAUUCGAAGGUGCCCAUGGCAGAAGCCGUGGAGACCCGUCUGACCAACAAGGAGAAAUACCUCAAAUUAUUUACCUUGAGGGAAGAAGGCGGCGAAUACAUCCAAGAUGUAACGGAGAUGACUAGAGUACCUGUGAUCCUUAAGACGGAUCUCAGCAAGAGCCCACCGUGCUUGACGAUACGCUCGCUCAACCCGUAUGCUCUUUAAGUCCUCCUGAUGACGAUGUGCUUUACUUGACGUGUAUGAUUGGACGGGGCAAUGGACUUGGGGAGCCUCGAAGUGAUUGGUCUCUUGCUUUAGUGAUGCAGAGCGAAGUAGUUAAGAAGCGAAUAGGGUAGAUUGUAAGGCCGCGGUAGCGGCCGGACCCGAGAAGUACAGCUCUUAAAGUGUCGAUAAAAGUGUUUCAUGAGGCGGAUAGAACUAUGAAGCUGCCGCAGUCAACAGAAAUAUACGAGAUCGUACUAUUCAUAAUAUCAAUUACGCGUUGCGGAAUGCCUAAUAAUAAGUGAAGCGCACAUGGUUGGCCACGUAAUUACACACACCAUAGCAAUAAGCACUUUUUCUUUGUCAG